AUGCAGCGGCCUGGGGAGCCGGGCGCCGCGCGCUUCGGGCCGCCCGAGGGCUGCGCCGACCCCCCGCCGCACCGCUACCGCAGCUUCAUGAUCGAGGAGAUCCUCACCGAGCCGCCGGGGCCCAAGGGCGCCGCGCCAGCCGCCGCCGCCGCCGCCGCCGCGGGCGAGCUGCUCAAGUUCGGUGUGCAGGCGCUGCUGGCGGCGCGGCCCUUCCACAGCCACCUGGCCGUGUUGAAGGCCGAGCAGGCAGCGGUGUUUAAGUUCCCGCUGGCACCGCUCGGCUGCUCCGGGCUGGGCUCUGCGUUGCUGGCAGCGGGGCCUGGACUGCCCGGUGCCCCCAGCGCGCCGCACCUGCCGCUUGAGCUGCAGCUCCGGGGGAAGUUGGAGACACCGGGCCCCGGAGAGCCGGGUGCCAAAGCCAAGAAGGGGCGUCGGAGCCGCACCGUGUUCACUGAGCUCCAGCUGAUGGGCCUAGAGAAACGCUUUGAGAAGCAGAAAUACCUCUCCACGCCGGACAGAAUAGAUCUCGCGGAAUCCCUGGGUCUGAGCCAGUUGCAGGUGAAGACGUGGUACCAGAAUCGCAGGAUGAAGUGGAAGAAAAUAGUGCUGCAGGGCGGCGGCCUGGAGUCUCCCACUAAGCCCAAGGGGCGGCCCAAGAAGAAUUCCAUUCCCACGAGCGAGCAGCUCACGGAGCAGGAGCGCGCCAAGGAGGCGGAGAAGCCGGCGGAGGCGCCCGGCGACACCAUCGACAGGAGCCAAGAGGACUGA